AUGAUAUGGAAAUCAACACCGAAGCAGACAGAUAACUUUCAUUUGAAUUUUUAUGAUCCUUUCAAGAUUAAGCGCCGCAAGCGUACAACCCAAGAACAGACCAACGCCCUUGAGCAAGUUUUUCAAAUAUACUCAAAACCCACCGCCAAAAUUCGGUUUCUAUUAUCAGAACGCUUGUCUAUGUCGCCUAGAAGUAUUCAAAUAUGGUUUCAGAAUAGAAGAGCUAAAGAAAAAAAG